AAGAGCACACAGGGAAGUGUGUCCUGGUCUCUCCUCUUUCGUGUCUGCUCUGUGGCAUAUAUUCAACGACCUAUCUUGUAUGAAACACUGGAGAUGCCUAAUGACUCAGAAAGUGAUCAAAAACUACUGGUGGUUACCCAUAAGAGCAAUCGUUCAGCCUUGGGGCCGGAACGGGCCCGGCCAGUCAGACCUGAAGCCCAGCCUGGCGUCUAUCAGAAGCCUGGUCAAUUCUGUACGCACUGUCGCAGGCUGCGACCCCCGCUCCCGGGGGCGAGCGCACGGUCGUCUCCCUCCAAGGUGUGUGGAAGCGACGCCCCCUCCCUCUCGCCCUAGGGAGAUCCUGGAACUACAGGCUCGGACUCUGACCCUGGAGGGGACACAGGUGAGGCCAAGAGACCGGCCGUGCCGAGGUGGGCUCUCGGGAAGGGAUGGAGAAGCUGGACAAGCGGGGGUCCACUCCCCGAGGCCAGGACCGCGGCUGCUCAGGACCGGGGCCUGGGAGGAGAAAGCCCGUGCACCCCUCGGAACCCGUCCUCCACAUCCGCGGUCCACACCCCGCCCCCAAAUCGAGCCCGGGCCGCCCCCUGGCCAUCCUCCGCCAAACCGCUGCUUACCGCCGCGCUCAUCCCGGGGCCGAACUGGCCAUCGACGCCCGCCUGGACCCCAGCGUAAGCAAAGGAAGAGAUAA